UUACGAAGAAGCGGCCAUUUUCCUAUCCAAGGAAAAGUGGCAGAAAGGGGGUGGCCACCGAUACAUGUUAUACUAGCUCUGUUAAGUGUAAGCAAUCCGAAUAAGUUACGUUUGAGUUUUCGUGGCCCCACCGACACACGCAUUUGUCUGUUGAUACUUUUGUAUUUUACGAAAUUGUAAAGUAUUCGCUAUGGAAGAGAAAGCAGUGGUUAAAGAACUUGACCAGUGGAUUGAGCAGCUUAACGAAUGCAAGCAGUUGGCCGAGAACCAAGUCAAAACCCUAUGCGAAAAGGCAAAAGAAAUUUUGGCAAAAGAAUCAAAUGUCCAGCCAGUCAGAUGCCCUGUCACCGUGUGUGGUGAUGUCCACGGACAGUUUCAUGACCUGAUGGAGCUAUUCCGAAUUGGAGGAAAAUCUCCAGAUACAAAUUAUUUGUUCAUGGGAGAUUAUGUUGACAGAGGUUAUUAUUCCGUUGAGACAGUCACAUUACUUGUUGCCCUCAAGGUUCGAUAUCGUGAACGAAUUACCAUAUUGAGAGGAAAUCACGAAUCUCGUCAGAUCACACAAGUCUACGGAUUUUACGACGAGUGCCUAAGGAAAUACGGCAAUGCAAACGUGUGGAAGUACUUCACCGAUUUAUUUGACUAUCUUCCACUGACAGCACUUGUCGACAGUCAAAUUUUCUGUCUUCAUGGAGGACUUUCCCCUUCAAUCGACACUUUAGAUCACAUCCGAUCUCUCGAUCGUCUUCAAGAAGUUCCUCACGAGGGCCCCAUGUGCGACCUGUUGUGGUCUGAUCCAGAUGACCGAGGUGGAUGGGGAAUCUCCCCCCGUGGAGCUGGCUACACCUUCGGCCAAGACAUUUCCGAAACUUUCAACCACUCCAACAACCUGACUCUUGUCUCUAGGGCUCACCAACUUGUCAUGGAAGGAUAUAAUUGGUGUCACGAUCGCAAUGUGGUAACGAUAUUCUCUGCACCUAAUUAUUGUUACCGGUGCGGCAACCAAGCGGCCAUUAUGGAACUGGAUGAUUCACUGAAAUACUCUUUCUUGCAAUUCGAUCCAGCUCCAAGAAGAGGAGAACCUCACGUAACCCGGCGCACGCCUGAUUACUUCCUUUAAGAGCAAACAAAAAUAUCGUGGAACACCGAUGAAAUUUUCCCUUUUUCCUUCUUCAUUUUUUUUUUUUUUUUUUUCUUUUUCUUUAUGUCAUGCUCGGUUCAUUUGUCUUUUCCUCGGUCGGAUGCCAUAGAGCUACCCGUUUAUUGAGGAUUAAGAGUAUUCUGCACCUCCCUAUUAAAACGUCCUCUUUAUGCGCAUCUUUGAAUGGAAAGCAAAAAGAUCAACAUCCCCUUCCAGACCUACAACCCCCCCCACAAAACAUAAACAAAACAAAAAAAAAAAACACUAUUCCCUUUACAGUUUUUUUUUUAAUUUUGGAGUUCGUGAUUUGUUCUUUACAACUAUUAAAGAAACAUUGGAUCUUCUCUUUUUGUGUCGGAAAACCCUCCUUGUUCCCCCUCCCUAUUUUCUCACCCGUGUCGUAAAUGCGUGAGAGAGUAACGUGCAAUUGGUAUAUUCUAGUAUCACUUCUCCUUUUCUUUUGUCCCUUUUCUUACCUGCCCGUUGAUGCCCUCGAACCAUUUGUACGAUUUAUUUAAAAAAGAGUUGAAAAGCGAGAGGGAAAGUAGGAGGAAGAAAAGGAGAGGGCGCGUGUCAUCUAAGAGCAACUGUAUACCGACAGACGAGCCGCCCAAAAGAAAACCAACCAAAAAGAUUAGACCACGAGCAUCAGGUUUCCAUUGUACUAACGCUUUUUUUUUUCGAUGACUUGUCUCAAAAACAUCAGAUGGGGACAUGCUGAUGUCGCUGUUCCCUUGUGUCCUGUACUAAUAACUAUCUAGAUGGUGACCUUUGAACCUCCCAUUCCUCCUCCCUCCUCGAGUCCAAGACCACGCGAUCCAGUUCACUUAAGGGGAAAAAAAGAAACAAUGAAAAUAUCCAACAAAAAGAGAACGAGCGAGCCGAAGAAGAGUGGUUUUUAAAUGUCGUGUCCCGUCACUGUCAUUUGUAGCCAACAAAAAAAAAAUGCUGGAAGUUCACCUCGAUCAAUACAAAUCGUAAUCAAUUCACCAA